AUGGUCGAAGUGGGGUUAUUACCUGAUAAUUACUAUGCAGACGAGAUCGUGGACAAGGUAUCUCAAAGAGCCAAUGGCAUGUUUCUAUGGGUUCGGUUGUUUAUCGACUUUUUACAACUACCUGCCUCGACUCUUCGAGAAAGGAUAGACGCCAUUGAAAACCUCAAUCGCCUCGAUGGUUUGGAUUCCCUCUAUUGCGCAAUCUUGGAUCGUAUAGCUGUGAAAUUCCCCGGAAAAUCUCGGAAAAAUGUUCAACGAAUGUUUCAGUGGGUAGCAUUUGCGCUUCGGCCUCUUCAUACCAACGAUCUUCAGAUAGCUGUCGCGAUACCAUUCGGCAGGGUGCAAACGCCACAAGACAUCAUCCCCAACUUUGGAAAGUCAUUGGGAGUCCUAUUAGGGUCACUGAUCGAGGUCACGUCCCACGGAAGGGCUCAAUUCAUCCAUUCCUCGGCCCAAGAAUUCUUCAUCAGCAUCUAUGACGACUCCGCAAGCGGCUUUCAAUGUCAAGCUGAACCAUAUCGGACUUGUGCAAAUCGGUCCAUUGCCUCAGCAUGCUUAACAUAUCUAUGCUACACCGCCCCUGCAAGACCACUGGGCAACUCUUCACAGGUAACACCGGAUGCAGCGGUCACAAACCACCGGUUUCCACUCCUGAUGUACAGUGUCCUGUUCUGGUCCGACUAUUUGGUGCAUGCUCUUCGAGAGACCGAGACCAAGCAGAAUAAAACAUGUGCCGAUGGCUCAUGGGAACAACUUGUGAGCCUGGCAGCUAAAUUCCUCUAUAAUCCGCAGAAAGUCACCUUGUGGAUCGAGGCAGCUUUCCUUUUUGGCUCCCCGAGGAUUCAACUUCCACCACAGGACUGCAUCAUCUCUUCAGCUCUCCCAAAUAUCUCUGAUCACGUCCUUAAACUACUCUCUACACUGUUUACAGACCUUGGCCACUUUUGCCAAGAUCUGGCAGGUCUAGAGAGGUCUUGGGCGUUCUUGCUUGAGUCUGAGCCUAAUGAGAUCUGGGAGCCUAGCAUCUCCACAUUUACCAAGUCCCGGUUUUGGGAGGAUAACCCGCAUGCUCGUUUGGUACGCCUCGUCCCUCUCGAUCCUGACCUCACAAGGCAUAUCACAAUUCAGUCUCAAGUCUCCAACAGCGGUAGCGAAAUCGGGAUUGUCAAGUUGAUUCCACCAGAGUGA